GAGAGGUUUAUCGAGAAAAAUCCAAGAUUUACUAAAAAACCACUAUCUCUCUGCUCUUCCUCUGUCUACAUUAAUGUAAUUUUGAUCAUCGGAUUGGGUGAAAGAAACAUCAAACUCCUAAAAGAGAAGCCUUUAAAGUUUUUUUUUAAUCAAAAACAAAAGGAAGAAAAUUUUCCUUUUUGUUUUAGAUGGCAUGAAUCAUCAUCAUCGCUUUGCUUUCUUGAUUCUCUAUUUCGUUUGAUGGGAUUUGUUUUUCUGGGAAUUUAUUCAUUCACCUGCUGCCAUGGCUAAAUUAUCUUUCAAGGAUUCUCUUAAAGCUCUUGAAGCCGAUAUUCAACACGCUAAUACACUUUGACUUGAAGAAGCUGCUUUAGCUGAACUAGUAUUGGUCUCUACACAGAUCAAUGUAUAGGCUGCUACUGCUAGUGUUGAAGAUGCAACUUUCUUGGAAUCUGAGAAUGUUUCUGUGAUUGUGUGUUAUGGAUCUUUUAUAUUAGUGUUAAAGUUGUGGCAGUAUAUUUGCUGUUUGAAUAUUUUAAUGGUUGGAGGCUGCUUAUGAUGAUCUUGUUGUGUUUUCGUUUUGGAAAUGAAUAACAGAGCUUUAGAUUAUCCUCGGGAGAAGGAUGGAGCGCGCGUUCAGAUGAGAUUAUCAUACAGCCCGACUGCUCAAUUUUUUCUUUUUCUUGUACAAUGGACUGAUUGUAAGCUUGCUGGUUUCCUCGGUUUACUCAGAGUUCUUAUUUAUAUGACUUAUGCAGAUGGGAAAACAACCAUGUCGGUUUACGAAAGAAAAGCCAGUAUUAGAGAGUUCCAAGACAUAGAUGACAGCAAACAAAAAGAGGUAUGCAAGAUGCGAUACAGAAAGAAGGAUGAGAGCGAAAUGUCGGAGAUUGAGAUCGAGAGGGAAGAAGAAUGUGGAAUCUGUAUGGAGAUGAACAGCAAGGUGGUGCUACCAAACUGUACUCAUUCUUUAUGCAUCAAGUGUUACCGCGAUUGGCGAGGGAGAUCACAGUCAUGCCCGUUCUGCAGAGACAGCCUUAAAAGAGUAGAUUCAGGUGAUCUCUGGAUGUUUUUGGACCAAAACGAUACAGUGAAUCUCACUGCAAUCGCUAGAGAGAACCAGAAACGAUUGUUUAUGUACAUUGAGAAGUUACCACUAGUGGUUCCAGAUCAAGUGUAUGCGUCUUCUCCUUACGAUUUCCAUGUGAGAUGAAGGCGGAAAACCGGUUCUGGUAAAUCUUUAUCUGUAUACUUGGGGAAAAGGAGGACUUGUUUUGUAAAUGUAUUAGAGUUAGUACAAGUAGUAGUAAUCAGUCACUUUCUUCACCAUUAUCUUGGGAAGGUUCCACUUACUACGUGCUUUUUCUGCAUUUUGCUUUGGUUUCCUUCUAUCUCGUAAAGCUUCAAGAAGCUCAUGUAUAGUUAGCAAUUUAUGAACUUAAACCUCCUCAUCAAGAAGAGUGUUUCACUUACAGUAUAAUCUACAUUUGGAUAUCAGAAAAUCUUGC